UGAUACUAUCACUGCGUGGCUUCGGCUUCUUAUCUGCAAUCUGUAUCGACCACCGGAGGCAUCAAGGAUGGCUGCCAAUGCACCUAUGGCCGGAAGGGCUUGCUACAACUUUGGGCAACUCGGGCACUUUGCUCGGUUCUGCAAUUUGCCGCCUCGAGGCCAAGUGUCCAAUCCUAACUCAGCUAUUAUACCUGUCCAAGCACCUUUGCUUUCUGCGCCUAGUCAUCAUGUUACGUCAUAUUUGGGAGGCUAUUCCAGAGGAGGAGGGUGACAUUAUACUAACCAACGUUUGAGUACUUUGGAGGAUACAGUUUCGAAGAUCAAAGAAAAGCAUGAUACAGAGGAGGAGCGUGAGAAGAAGAAGAUUGAGGAAGACGAACGUAAGAAGAGGGAAAUGGAAGAAGAGAAAAGACGGGCGGAGGAUAGAAAGGAGCGAGAGAAUCUUCACAGAAAAAUUGUUGACGAAAUGAACGAGAAAUUUGUGAAGGUACACGAGGCGUUGGAGAAGAAGAACAGUAAGGAAGAUAGUGGUGUUAUUGCGAAGUUGCAGGCCGAAAUCAAGAAGUUACAAAAGAUAAGACUGGCAGAUCAACCUUCUUGCAGCAGUGCUAUUCCGGAAGACGGCACUGCUAAACGAUUAAGGGAACUGGAAGACUUUAAAAGACGAUCACAAGAGGAGGCUGAUCGUAAGGUUGCAGCACUCGAUGAACAGGUUGCCAUUCUUCGGCGCCUACAUGAGCACACAACCACAAAGGCUGCUACUUGGAAGGAACAAGCAAUGCGUCCGGGAAACAAGCGCGGUAGUAUCAUAUUGGAAGAAGCGCCCAGUGUGCGGACGAGAGUUCGACCUCGAUGCACACCAUCGAAAACACCGGCAACAGCAACAUUAUGCGAUGCAGAGGCGGGAGAAUUGAUUGAUGUUCAUCGAAAGGAGGUUGAAUUUUUGAAGGAAUUGAGAAGCAGAGAUUUGAAUGGCAGGAGGGUUGCGGAACAAAAACUAGAACGUGUGAAAGAAGGAAAACAGGCAGCGGAGUUGGAGAUCGAAAGGUUGAAAGCUGAACUUGACCGCGCUAACAUGGAGAAGACGAAGAGCAAUUUGAAGACCAAGCUUGACAAAGUUGCUAACAAUCAACGCGUAGACAAAGGGAAACGACCUGCGUCUUCGAGCAAACAAGUUGUGCGCGCCAAUGACAAAGAAGGCUUCAUGGCGGAUGCGCGCAAGGCCUUGAGGAAGAUGAACAUGGAUGGAGUGAAGGCUAUUUGCGCUCAAGAAGGUGUGGUGUAUACUGCACUGGAGAGAACGAAAGAAGCAAUUGCGACUCAUCGAGCGGCUAAAGCGUUUGAAUCAGCAUCGAAGCAAGCUACAAUUCAAGAAGUCUCGGAAGACACUGGCACCAGCAUCGAUAUUGCGAAGGGUGGCGAUGAUGAAGGUAACUCUUAGCUGCUUUCCCGAGCGUAACUUAUCUUUGGGAUCU